AUGGCUUCAGUGAUUGGGAUACACACUGUGAAAGAACUGGACGACAUCAGUGUCGAUACUGGUAGCGAUUUCUUAUCGAAUGGACACACUCCUUACUAUGACGUGAAGGAAGACUCAUUGAGGCGCCAUCCACUCGGUGUAAAGCCUAGUGGCAAUGCCUUGACAGCAGACCAGGAUUUGUCUCUAUCCAUGGGAAUUCUUGGACGUAUACCGGAUUCACUUCUGCUGCUACUGCUCGAGUUCCUCGAUCAAGAUGCGUUGUUGGCCCUGAGUCACACCUGCAAAGGACUGUUCGCAUUUGCAACUCACGACCAAGUAUGGAGGGAACUUGUAUUGAGAGAUUGUGGAGAAGGAUUUUCCUGGCGAGGAAACUGGAGGUCGUCCAUGCUGAAGCGCUCGUUACUCCCAAAAAUAGAUUGUCGCCAUCUCUAUUCCGAUGCUCUAUACCGUCCUUUUCACUCACCCUUUUUCAACAAUAUUCCGAAGGGCAACCACAUAGCUCGCCUGCUAGAUCUCACUGUUGAUGAAUUCGGCGCCAGCUGGUCUGGUAGGCCAUUUAUCCUCACAGAGCCAGUGAAGAAAUGGCGGGUCUUUCCCGAAUGGGACAGGCAGAACUUGUUGGAUAGAUAUGGCGAUGUCAAAUUUCGAGCCGAAGCGGUUGACUGGACGCUGCAUGAUUAUGUGAAUUACAUGGACAACAACCAGGAUGAAAGCCCUCUAUACCUUUUCGACCGUGCUUUCGCUGAGAAGAUGAAGCUUCAGAUUGGUGACGACGGUGCUUAUCGACCUCCUGCUUGCUUUGCUGAGGACCUCUUCACGCUACUUGGAGAACAUCGUCCGGAUCAUAGAUGGUUGAUUAUAGGUCCUGAACGUUCUGGAAGUACUUUCCACAAAGAUCCAAAUGCUACCAGUGCCUGGAAUGCUGUCAUCCGAGGAUCGAAAUACUGGAUCAUGUUUCCAAACUCGUUAACUCCACCUGGUGUGUAUGUCUCAGAUGACCAGAGUGAAGUCACCAGUCCGCUUUCUAUCGCUGAAUGGUUAAUAACAUUCCAUGCCGAGGCUCGCAAAAUACCAGGUUGCAUUGAAGGCAUCUGCGGACCUGGUGAAGUGCUACAUGUACCAUCUGGCUGGUGGCAUCUAGUGGUCAAUCUCGAGCCAGCUAUUGCUAUCACUCAGAACUUCGUCCCCAGGUCGCACCUCUCUUCAGCGAUCAAUUUCUUGAAGAACAAACCAAACCAGGUGUCUGGCUUUCGCGAGACUGUGACAGAUCCUUACGCACUCUUUAUGGGAAGGUUGAAAGAUGCACACCCUGAUCUGUACGAAGAUGCACAGAACAAAGGCAGUAGUAAGAGGAAAUGGGGAGACGUCGUAGUGGUCGAGGACAACGACGGAGCUGAUCGAGCUGGUUUUAGCUUCGGCUUUGCAGCUGAUUCUGAAGAAGAGGAUUGA